UUAAAUUAUUUGAGAGUAUUCAGUCAAAAUGAAGAAAUCAAUUUUAAUUAUUUGCUUUGUUCUGUAUUCAUUCAAUAUCAUCAGUAGUGCAUCUGGUUAUUGUUCAUUAUGUGCAGGACAUAUAGCAUGUAAUACAACUGGAGAUUUUAAUCCCAACUGUCCUCGAGAUGCGAUUGUAGUACCAUUAAGCUCUGUCGAAAGAAACAUUUUGCUUGAUGCUCACAACAAUUAUCGUAAUCAAAUUGCUAGCGGAAGUAUUCCAAAUUUUCCAACUGCAGAAAGGAUGAUGGCAGUGACCUGGGACUUUGAACUUGCAUGGUUAGCUGAAUUGAAUGUUAUGCAAUGUGUAAUGGAGCAUGAUCAAUGCAGAUCAACUUCACAAUUUCCAUUUGCUGGACAAAAUAUUUAUAUGCACGGUACAACGGGUGAUUGGAAUCCGAUUGCACAGCAACUUAAUGGAGCAGCUAAAUUAUGGUUUGAAGAGUAUCGACUAUCUAAUUCAUCUGACAUUUCAAAUUGUUGUGGUGGAAGCAGAUUCCCCCAAAUUGGACAUUUUCUUCAAAUGGUUCAAGAUCGUGUAAUUCGUAUUGGAUGUGCUUCAGCAAGAUAUUCAACAAUUCAAUGGGCAACUACAUUGGUUACAUGCAAUUAUUCAUGGGGUAAUUUUAAUAAUCAACCUGUUUAUCGAAGUGGAGAUCCAGGAUCAAGAUGUACAACAAGACAUGGCACUUUCACCAACUUAUGCAACACAUAAAUGAUGACUCUUUUAAUAAACGGUAAAAAGAAAAUUGUAUUUUUCAUAAAGCAGCUGAAUCAAUAAAAAAAAACUUCUGCAAACUUUCUGAUUCGAA